AUGGUAUUCAUCGACGAUAAAAAAUACUCCUGCGAGGCCUGUAUCAAAGGGCAUCGCUCAUCAAGCUGCAAACACACCGACCGUCCGCUGUUCGAGAUCAAGAAGAAAGGUCGUCCCGUUACUCAAUGCGAACACUGUCGCGAACUACGCAAGACGAAGCAAGUCCACGUGAAGUGUCUAUGUGAAGGCAAACCUCCCCUCGGCGAAGAGAAGACGGAGAAGGGAAAUAAGGGUCAACCCAAGAAGGAUCUAGGAGCCGCCGCGUUCCCUCAUGGCUUGCCUUCGUCCUCUGACGCCGCUGCCGCCGCCUUGUCGCACUCCGAGCACUCGUCUGACUCUGAUCAGGCUUCUACUCGAGUGCAGACUUCGGGCGCUUGCGAAUGCAAGGAAGGCCAGGAAUGUCAUUGCUUUGCCCUGAAACACCAUCCUCGUCGAAACCCUGCUGGUUCUGAUCCGGGCUCAAGCUCGCAUGGGCAGCCACAUGCCUCCAAGCGUCGUGGGUCUGCGUCCACGGCCUUGCGACCCGUCCUUCCCAAACCAGCUGCUAGUUCCGAUGCCGCCUUCUCCGAACAUUCUGAUACAUCUGGACCGGGUCUACGGCCUCACCUUCCUCGCCAUUCGCACGGCAGCGCUUUCUUCAGCCCGUACGGUCGUGCAUACAACGAGCACUUCACUCUCGACGCCCUCCCCCGUGAUGAUAGCAUCGUCGAUCCCGGCGCCCUCUCCGACCAACCCCCGCUCUCAUUGGAUCCCACCGCCACCUUGUCCUUGCCCACCUCGUACUCGACGUCUCUCGACUUUCCCGACCUCUCGCAAUGGUCGGCCGCUCCGGACAUGACGGGACUCGCUGCCGCCCUCUGUGCCUGCGGUGACGGUUGCGCUUGCCUCGGUUGUGUGGAGCAUCGCGGUGCAGAUGCCUGGUUUACGCAGGAGUGCGCGAAUCCUGACGUGUGCACGACAUGUUUCACCUGCCUCACCAACCCUCGAGUACGCCCGCCAUCAGCGCCGACACCACCGACCACGCCCCUCGGCAUGCGGCCGGUACACGAGAUGGACACUCUGGAAGAGUGGCUCAGCCACGUCCCGUCGUCGUCGAACGCUCUUGGCCAAGACUUCGCGGACAUGUCAGCAUAUCUUCCUCCCGCUCCUGAACAACAAGCCCCUAUGGACCUCGAUCUCCAGUUACCCCCCUAUUGCGCUGGCUUCUGCAUACCGGGUCAAUGUACAUGUGACUCGGGCGAUGCAACGAUGGGUGGAGGCGACCCCCUCACGUUCGAUCCCAACCUUGGCGAUAUACCGCUGGACUUCGACCCCACUUCAUCGGCAUUUUCAUUACCGAAUACUGUCGCGGCAGCCGCCCACGAGACCGGACUGUCACCAUACCCAACUACGGACGGCGCCGAAGGUUACCGCCGAGCAUCAUCUACAUCUUCCCUUCUGCCCAGCGUUGCUGCCGAAACCAGUGGACAGUCCCUCAUGGCGCGCACGCUAUCAACGCUGUCCUCGCGCGGACCAAGGGCGCCGUCUCCGGGUCCCUCUGGGCAACGUCGGUCGCGAUGGGGCCAACGCUCGGGUUCAUUCUACGAAGCAGCUACUCUUUUCCGUUGA